AUGGAUGCACACAAACUUAGUCCCACCCUCUCUAGAACUACCCGUACCCUACCUCGCCUUGGAGGCUUGGGCCAUCCUUCGUUACGGCGAAGCUUGAAUAAUUCUCAGGGGAGCACCGCUGCCUCGAUCUCGAUCAAAAAACGUGGUAUGAACGCCGGGCCAGCAGCGAAUUCUAACGUGGUUGGAGGAAGAAGAGUGAGCGUUGUUAGUAACGCGAGCAAUGCGAGCUUCGCCUUUGGGUCGUCCGUCGGGCCAUCGUCAGCUAUUCCCGGAGGUAAUCCAAUGUCCAAGUCAUCCAACAGGAAGAGUUUGGCCGAGCAGCAAUUAGAAAUGAUGUCUGGAGCUGCAUCCGGCAAUCGGAUCGGGACUGUCAACUCAGAAAAAGUUGGACAUCUCAUCGGCUUGGACCGUGAGGCUGGUGGUGGGUUUGACGAAUGGUUUGAUGGGAUCAUGGAUUCGGAACCUAGUGAUCGAAAAAUUGAUGGGCAUUUGGCUGAUCAAGCUUUGGAGCCCGAAUUCGUAAUCCAGACUUUAGAGACCGUAGAAAUCCCAGGUCGGCUAACUGCAGAAGAACUUCCGUCAAUUCAUGCUACUGUCUAUGACUCUCGGGGACCAACUGCCUAUCUGGCAAUUUGCAUUCCCACCAGAGCAACAGUAUACGUGUUUCGGAUGACCAGGACUCGAAAUUCAAUUUUCAUCAGGUCGGUCGGAAAGCCAUGGGAAGGGACAGCUAUCGGGGCUGUCUUGUGUAGUAGACCCAAUGUUUACGACCUUUUCAAAUUUUCGAAUUCAACUGGACUCGUGGACAUCGUUUCUGCCGAUUCAGCUUUCUUACAUCAAUUCUCUCACCCUGACACGGUUUGGUCAGCUGAACGUAGUGUCAAGUCAUCGGUUAGCUAUCAUGUGGAGUUCAUAUCACCGCUAGCAACAGUCAAACAUCAAUCAGGUGCCACGCCCAAAGUGAUUCGUGCAGAUCUCAAAAUAUGGCCUUCAAAUCCCCUCAUCCGCAAAGUUUUCCAAGUUUUAUCUGAAGAGAUCGGGAAUAUUCAAGCUUGCUAUCUUGUUCAACGCUACAUCAAGCACAAUUCCGCCUUCAAGUCGACCAUCGAUUGCUUAGAUGCAGUCUUGUAUGAAGCUUUAAUAGGAGAAGAAGUGCAACAAGCCAAGAAAAAUGGCGAUGAUUCAUCGAAUCCUGAGCCUGAAUUGGGGAGCAUCGUCAACCAAAUUAGUGGGCUGAGUUCUGACCCAGCGUUGAACCACCUCAGGGCAAUAAGACGACUAAAGCAGCCUAACCCUCCUCACCAAACUGAUCAUUCGCAAACAAAGCCUCCGGGUUCUCCCAAAAAGCGUCGAACGCAGCCGGUCUUCGGUCGGGGCUUGCCACUCAAUCCUCAGCUCAAGACCAAAGUCAUGAUCGGCUUAGCUAAACUGUAUGCUGACCUGAAAGCAUCGAUGUCUUGUCUAGAGCAGCAUGUCACGUUGGGAAAGAUAUUGCUGAAGCUGUCAAGCUGUUUAGGUUGGAUUGACUGGUCAGACAGCUUGAAGCGAUCGCUCAAUGGGACCAUCGAUGCAACAUUCAGUUUCUCUGCUUCUUAUACAGGCAAGUUGGAAGAACCCAAAAUGCCAGACCUGUGCGACCACCUAGACCGCAUUCGUCUUGCCAUCAACUCUCCGUUUGACGAAUUGUUUGAAAAAAGUGCCGAUGAUUUGAAUCCAGGUCAAGUCUAUCAAAGACCGAAUGUGGGCUUCUACGGGGGCCCGGAAAGUUGCCAACUGACCAAACAAAUUACGAAAUUAUACCGGAUUCUAUUCAAACCCGAUCAAAGCCUGCUACAGGCCGCCAAAGGUGUCUUGAUCGAGAUUGAUCGGUUUGGAUGGGGACUCGAUGAACUCGAUGACUUGUGGUUUGGGAUCGCAGUGCCAUUGAAGGAAGCGCUAAGAUAUUGUCAAUAUCGCGCCCCACAGGGGCUAUCCGCUCGGUGCUACCAACUUAUGGGACGACCUGAUCUUGCUAUGCUGACGGAACAGGCGAAUGAAACAGUCGCCAAAGAUCUUAAAGUGAACGCUCGACGUCCUGCCCUACGGUCAAAUUCAUCUUUCCAUAUCACUACUCAGCCUCCACCGUCAAUCUCUCAAUUAUGUGCUGCCGCAGUUCCAAUUGAAGACCCAGUCUUUCCUCCAGCAGAACUCGACUUCCACUCUUUGGAAGAAGCGUCCCCCGAUCACAGCGUGGCCGCGCGAUUCAGUGAUGAUAUGAGGAUAAUCGAUGCUGCUAAAAUGCUGAACUACACCAGAGAGGUGAAAGUGAAAAUGCAUGAAUCAAUUGCAGAAAUGACAAGCACCGACGUCGCGCGGCAUUACUCUAGCUUUUUCGUCGGCAUCAUCAGGAGGACAAUGUCUUUACCUUUUGGAGGAGCGUGUUUUUGGUACAAAACUGAUUCUAACGUUGCUGCUAAUGUUCCGAUGAUCAAGCUAGACAUCAGAAUUUCAUCGCCAGCCAUAUUGAUUCAACCAGACCUCGCAAAAGUUGAACCACUUGCAUGGCCACGUUUCCAUGCAGGCGUAGCGGCGGGAUUGAGUCUAUCAGUUAGACCAGAAGAGUUUGAUAGCUCUCAGAUCUCACUUGCUCGUCCGGAAGAACUAGACGACCGACAUGCGGGUUAUCUAUUAGGACUCGGUUUGAAUCAACACUUACGUUCAAUCAAUCGUGUACAAAUCUUUCGGUACCUUGAAACAAAACACGAGAUGACCUCAAUCGGCGUCCUCUUAGGCUUAUCCUCGGCCUUCAUUGGUACCGCUGACCCACGUGUCAGCAGUAUCAUUGCGGCGCAUGUGCCAGCCAUGCAUCCCACCGAAUCCAUUCAAUUACAAGUUAGUCCGUUGACUCAAUCGGCGGGCUUUGUCAGCUUUGGCAUAUUGCACUUAGGUACAGCUAAUAGAAGAUUAUCCGAUGGUAUGUUGAGGGAAAUGGGAAGGACAUGGCGAGUUUUGACGGAUACGCCUGAUGGCUGUCGAGAGUCAUACACGCUUUGUGCGGGGAUCGGUUACGGACUAGUGAUGCUGGGAAAAGGAACGGAAUCUGAUACUCCAGCGCACAAGGACCUGAUGCGAACUUUCAAAAGUUUAAUUCAGGGAGAUGGGGCUCAUCCUUUGCCGGGCUUGAACCAACCUACGACGACGAUCGACGUUUCGGUGACGAGCCCAGCGGCAACCCUUGCAUUGGCCUUGUUGUAUCUAAAAACUGGAAGGUCUGAGGCCGCCAUGUUGUGCGAGAUUCCACAGACACCAGCCCGGUUGGAAUACAUCAGACCGGACCUAUUGAUGAUCAGAACGCUAGCUAGAGGUCUGAUAAUGUGGCAGUCUAUCAAGGUGGACAUGGAUUGGAUGGAAUCCUUUGUCCCGCCAGUCAUCCUCGAAGCCAUCGAACGGGCUGAGAAACAGAAGAAAAAACUCCGGGCCGAUUGGGAGAUGUCUUACUGGUCCAUCAUCUGUGGAGCAGCAUUAGCAAUGGCUCUGAAGUAUGCGGGAUCCGCUGAUUGUGCUGUUCACUCAACAUUGUUGACACUUUAUGAUCGACUGUUCAAGGCUAUCUCGAAACCUGCUUUGCAUGUGCAAGCGAAAGUUCGCAGAACUUGUCUCCGAUCUUGCCACAAUGUUGUCACGUUAGGACUUGCUAUUGUUAUGGCCGGCACGGGAGAGUUGGAAAUACUUAAGCGAUUACGAUUAGCGCAUGGAAAUACAACAGAGACAACUGGUUAUGGCACUCAUGUCGUCACUCAUCUUGCGCUUGGGUUACUGUUUCUAGGCGGGGGCCGUUACACCUUCAACACUUCAGACCGAGCAGUGGCCUGUUUGUUGUGCGCAUUGUAUCCCAUUUUCCCUAGUAGGACUGACGAUCAUGUUCACCAUCUACAAGCAUUGCGACACCUGUGGGUUUUGGCGGCAGAGCCAAGAUGUUUGGUUGCUCGUGACGUUGAUCGAAAAGGGGAACUGAUCUUUUUGCCCGUUAAGCUGAAGAUGCAAGAGCAACCGUCUGGAUCUCAUACUCCCUCAAGCUCGGUUGACAGAGAACCACAAAUGGAUGUUGAACCGCCAAUUCCGGUCCGAGAAAAACUCAAAUCAAAACUCCUGACCGCCCCAACCUUAGUCCCUGAGAUGGAAGUGAUUCAAAGCGUGAAGGUGGAAUCCCCAAGAUAUUGGCCGUUUGUUUUAGACCUUGCUACCAACUCGUAUCACCGGAAUUAUUUCUCGAAAUCGUUGAGCUUGUGGGUCAAACGAAAAGUCGGACAUCUGAGUUACUCACAAGAUCCAAAGGGAGCUAAGAGUAUCGCGAGUCGAGGACGAGGCGCAGAAGAGAUGAUGACGUGCGAGAUCGAUCAUUUUGGGCUCAGAUCACGAGAGAUCCGAAAGGCCAUGAAGUCAAGGUCAAUGGCUGAACAGCCCGUGAUGGGCCACGAGAGUCCUGAAAACCUGUACGAGCUGAUUGAAGGGUUCGAUUUGGACGAACAAUCUAUUGGUUUGGUCGAUUAUCUUGGCUCAUUGACUCCACCCAGAAGAAAAGAAAAUGGGAAUCGAUCGGGGGUUGAUCUAUCGGCUUACGCUUCAACCGCUUUACUACAAUGUCUAUUAGAGGAUAAGCUCGAAGUCUUCCCGACCUAUCUGGCUCUCUUUGCUUGCUCGAAAACUGCGGUCGAUUACCAGACCCGAUUAGCUACCCAAUACAUACCAGACCAACAGUGGCAGAUCUCGAACUUGGUGAGGUUUUACGGCGAUGAUCAAUGUCUCAAUGAGAUCGGAUCGAAGUUUCCUUCGUCCUCUUCGUUUUCAAGUUCAACUCUCUUGGAUAGAAACUUGUUAAUCCAGAUCCAACAUUACCAUCAACAAGAACUGAUGGAGUGGGCCGAUAGUCUCCAAGGCAGUCAACUGAUCCUCAAGUAUUUUAAAUCUGAUGGCGAACUGAUUCAGUCCCCUUCGAACAAAGUUGACUCGUCCUCCUCUUCCACGCCGGAUCCCAAGGGCGCUCGUGUCGAUGGAGAGCUGGAAGAUCGAUCAGCAAGGAUUGACGAGGAACGGCUAGCCGAUUGGCUGAGAAUGAUGCACGUCCCGUUACCCAAGACGUUGAAGGUCUUGAGGGCCUUCCUGACUAACCGAAUCCGAACCGAUCAUCCUCCUCCGAAUCCUCUCCUUCAAUCCUCUCCCGGACAGCUUUGUAAUCAUCAUCAUCUGAAGUAUCAAUUACUUGUUAAAAAUCUCUUGCGGCUUCCCACUUCUGCCGACUCCCUGUCUCCGCAAUCUGCUCGAAAAAACAUCGAUGAUCUUCGCAUGCAGUUCUUGAAACUUUUGGUCGAUAGUUGUUGUUCUAUUUCAUAGGAUUCUUAUGAUAUCAAUCAUCAUCAUCAUCGAUCUUGUCAUGUUCUUAUGUAUUUUUUCUUCUUUUUUUAAAAAAAAAUACUUUUUUGUCAUUUUACAUUUUAUUUUAUUUUCAAUUUCUUUAGUUUUUGGAACUUUCUUCCCUUGUUUUUUCUUGUUUUCGUAUGAUUUUCUUCAUUUUUUCUUUGCUGGAAAACUUGUGAUCUGAUGAUCUCAGUUGACCUUUUUUUUUCUCAUUCAUGUUGAUAUCACAGAUGCAUCAAUCACUUAAGUACAUCACUUACAUAAACCUAACACAAACCCAUGAAUGUUUUAGUGGGAUGGUGUAUCAAUAGUGGCUCACAAA